AAAAAAAUAAUUUAAGUGUUUUUGUAAAAGGAAAUCUUCCAAAAAUUUAAUUUAAUAAAUAGGUAACAAAAAUAGUACUAUUUUAAUUUCGAUAUUAAUCCAAAAUCAUACAUUUUGUUAAUGAACACUUGCAGUGCUUAAAAGAAAAAAAUAUGUAAGCCUAAAAAGUCAUCAACCUCAUAGCUCAAAAGUAAAAAAUCAUUGCUAACAAAAGAUGAUAAAUUUAAGUCUACUGAUAAAUAGGAUGCUAAAGAAGUUGAGUGGCCUUUUUAGGUUAGGUACCUUCAAAAUCAUGAUUAAGAAUUAUUUAAUCAAAAUUAAAGUGAGGAUUCUCUAAAUUCUUCUUUAAAAUUGCCAUAUUAUUAAUAAAUUAAAACAAAUUUAAUUCAAAAAAAUCAACAAAUCACUGGAUAUCAUAAUAUUUGCUCUUUUUCUUCCAAGGAAGAAGACAAAUUAACUUGUUAACUUUAGUAUGAUUCAAAUAAAAUUGAUAAAUUAGAUUUAGAGAAUGAAUCCCCUGUUGAGCAAGAGGAAGAAGAAGUAUAAAUAGAAGGCGGUGGCUCAUCAUAAAGUUCUUCACCUUUAUUAAUUUACUAAUUUUAAAAUGGAAAAUUAGUAGAAAAUGACAGGAAUUUGUUAAUCGAAAGUUAUUAAAAUUCUUAAAUAAAUGAUGAUAGAAAUCUAUAAUAACCCUGUUAGCAAUAGGAGCCUUUAUUUUCUGAAAAAUAUUAUUAAACUGAUUCUUAGACAGUAGCAAAAUCAUUUAAAAAUAAAUCUAAAAAAAGUAUGAUCUUAGAUAAACUAAAAUAAAUUCCUUCAUACAAAAUUCUUCCUAUUGACUUUGAUGACUUACCAAUAAAUGAAUUUCACUUAUAUGGAGAUAUUUUUAUUAGCUUGGAGAACACGAAAUAACUCAUUCAAAAUUAAAAUCACACUUAGUAAGUAGUACCUAACAAUAAUAAAUAGAUUAAUGCUAUUUUUUAAUGGAAACACAUACAAGAAAUGAAAAAUAGUAAGAGAGAAUUAAUAUUCAACUUUAGCAACAAGACAGAAACUAAAAAAGAUUUUAAUACAAUUAUAAAAAUUAUAAAGGCUCGUAACUAAAAUCGUAACUUAGGAAUGCUCUUAUUAGAAGCAGAAAAUAGAGUAAAUAAUAUCUAAAAUUAUAUAAAAGAAGGAUUUACUCUAAUGAGAUAGAAUGGAUUAAUCGAUUUAUUCUUUUAGCGUAGAUAGUUGUUUGAAACCAAGUGCGAAUUCUUCUUGAGAGAACUUUCUGGCUAAAAGAAAUAUAUUUAUUUGAAGUCUUAUUAUAAUGAAGAUAAGCUAGAAAUAGAAGAUUCUUAAAUGGGAAUUUCAGCUAAUUUUGUUGAAAUUCUAUCAGGUCAAUAAGUAAAUUAAGUUGUUUAUAAAAUAAUGAGAGGCAAUUAUCCUGAAAUAUUUGGUAGUAAAUUAAAAGAGUUAUUCUCUCAUUAGAGCAUUAUUAGGCUUCUUAAUUUAGAAUACAAUGAUUACUAAGAGUUGACAUUUGAAAAUAUGGAAUUAAAUUCACUCGAUGGCUUAACAUUUCCAGCAACAAUGACAGUUAAAAGAGUAUAAUUCAAAUUUGAUCCUGUGUUUGAGAAUCUUCCUUUACAAGAUAAAUUUGUUUUCAUAGAAUUUAACAUUAGUCCUAAAGUCUAAUAACAAUUAAACAAAAUAAGAAAAGAAGCAUAAACUCCUAAAUUAGAAAGCUUAUUUUGUGAAUCUACUCCUUUAUAAAAAUAAUUUUCUCUAUAAUCUAAAGACAUAGAGGAGUUGAAAAAAUGUUAACCCUUAUCUAAUAAAGAAAUUUAAGGGUAAAAUAAUUAUGAGGAAUCUGAAAAAGUAAAAGAAAACCUCCUCUUAAACUUAAAUUAAAAAGAGUAAAGCAGUAAAUAAGCAGAGGAUCUUAUCAAAUAAGACACAUAAAAAUUGAAUGAAUAAAAAUUGAAGUUAAAUGCAUUUAAUUCUAUCAAAAACAAAAGAAGAAAACAAAGAGGAAUAAUAGAAGAAGAUGAAAAAGAUUUUUAUUAUGAGAUGUAAACUCAAAUACUCUUGGAUAAAUUUUAUGACUACGAGGAGAUCAAAGAAUUGAUCAAGCAAUCAGAUUAAAUUAUUGAUUAAAGUUCACAAUUACAAUAACCAAAUGAUAGUUCGUGCUAAGACAAAAACUUCUUUCAAAUAUGA